GAAAUUGUUUAAAGUAUGGCAAAAGAUAAAUUUUUUAAAUUAUUCACAACGGCUUUACUUAGAAAGGAGUUAAUUCUAAAAUUUUAUUCAAAUAGAUAAAAAUAAUUAUUUAGUUGCAAAGUGCCUUCUUAUUCUAAUAAGGCAUAAUCUACAAUGGUAGAAAAAGUCGAAACAAUAAAAACCUUAAAAUUCUGAAAUUGAUCAUCGUCG